AUGCCGGAAGGUUCAAUUCCUAGCUUUCCCCAAGAAAUCAUGGUGGAUAUACUUUUAAGACUCCCUGCAAAAUCCAUUGGCCAGUUCAGGUGCGUAUCGAAACGAUGGCGUUUCUUGCUAUCUGACUCACAAUUCAUCAAUACACACCUUAAUCUCCAUGCUGAAGAAGGAAAUUUCAUUCUUAUUUCCCAAAAUCACUCUCUUCACACCAUCACUGAUGUCGGAGGUGACCCCGACGUGUCGAGAACGCUAAGGUUUCAGCCAGAACUGCCUGAUACAUGGAUUGAGAUGGUGGGUUCUUGCAAUGGGUUGGUUUUGUUAGUGAAUGAAGAAGACGAAAAGUUUCUGGUGAAUCCCACUACGUUAAACCAGGUAAAAAUACCGGACUCACCACUGGCUCUAAUGAAACCUGGGAGUUUUUCCAUGCAUGGAUUAGGGUAUGGUGCUUCUAGUGAUGAUUACAAAAUUGUCACGCUAUCUUAUUACGAUAACGACAAUGAGUAUGAGCUGGAUUGUGCUGACACAUUUGUGGAUUUGUAUUCUGUGAAAAGGGGUGUUUGGUCGAGGCUUGAACCUUCUCCUUAUGAUCAUGCUGUUCCUGAUUUAUCCCCUGGGGCUUUUGUUAAUGGCUCUAUACAUUGGUUGGCUAGUAGUAGAGAAAGAGGUUAUCCAUCUGUUAUUGCAGCCUUUGAUAUAGUUAAUGAGAAAUUUAAGGAAAUUCCAGCUCCAGGCAGUCUCGAUGUAAAACGAUUUGUGUUUAAUAAGCUUUUUGUUCUUAGGGGAUGUCUUUGUAUGAUUGAUACGCGAAACAGGGCUGAAAUUGAUAUUUGGUUAAUGGAAGAGUAUGGUGUCGAAAAAUCUUGGGUGAAAUUUAGUGUUGCUUCGAAUGGUUAUUGGGAUAUGGUUAAGCCCUUAUACUUUAUUGGGGAUGAUGAAGUUGUGUUGGAAAUUGAUGAGGAGACAUUGAUUAUGGAGGAACCUUCGUGGAGAGCCUCAUCCCACCUAGUUAUAGUGAUUGGAUCAGAGGGCAGCAUUCUGUUUCAGUUGGAAGUGGAGAAGGAUGAAAAAUGUUGUAUUACACAAAUUCCACACAGUACAUUGAAAGAAACAUCCUCAACAAAUCAACCGAUUAAACUGAUAGUUGUUAAGUCAGCAACACUUCCAAAUGCCACUUCUUCCCAUCGCAUCUAUCUUCAGGAUGAUCUAGUCAUAGGUUCUCACUUCUCAGGGAGUGAAAGAUUUGUCCUCGGGUCUGCGUUGAAAGCUUCUAUUGUAGAACUCAUUCGAGAGGGCUUGGGGGGCUUAAAAAUGGUUCAGUCCAGUUUAGUAUUGCCUAAUUCAUCCUACAAAACAUAUCUCCACUUGAGUUCCUCCGCGAUGAAGUAUCGUCUACGAAGAUUAAAUAAUACAGUGCUACAGCCUACAUGGAAUGUGGAUAGUGUCAACUUUCAAGGUUCUGACCCUACCAUUGACAAAAAAGAUGAGAGAAACAAUCUCAGCCAUUGCCUAUUGGCAACUUUCCUUUUUUUUUUUUUUCUUUCCCUUGUGAGACGACUUGCUGUUUCCUCAAAUACUAUUGUCACUUCUGGCUGCCCCUUUUGUUCAAAGAAAACACUGAACAGUCAAAGCCCAAGAAAUCGAAGAAACUGCUGCUGCCACCUGAGUCAAACCAUGGAUGAGAAUUAUGUUUUCCCAGAAUUGGAUGAGAGUGCAGAAUGA